CCCUAUUAUGUUAGGAGGUAUUACAAUAAGAUCGUAGUUCUUAUGCUGCUCCACACAGAACACAUCAUGAAACAUUAAUAACGGUAAGUAAAGUAGAACAAGUCACCUGUCACAGUUCCAAACAGCGACAGUUUCAAUGGAACAGAUAUCAUUUUCAAAAAUAACUCCAAGAAGAGGUUCCAAACACCAAGAGGUUAAUUUAUGGAAUUGAACGCCUCCUCACCUCACAUAGGCUAAUCUUUCAGUGCGGUAGUAGAGCAGCACUCAUUUGAAGUUUGAGUUGCGAUGGCUAACGUCGGUCUUUUCCUGCUCGUUCUCUUAAUAAUUACUCUACAGUCAAUGGCGGAGGGUUUCCAUAAAGCUAGAUUGAAAUUGACAGAACGUGAAAUUACAUUUCCACGAUGGCCGCUGGUUGAGCAGAUGGAUGAACACCUUACCACUCUGAAGCUGAUUCUGGGAUCUAAAGAUGAGAUUUAUGCUGGAGGUGGACGACAUCUGUUCCGUCUCAAUUUCCAGAAGAACCAAGGCCAGACAAUGGUGCAGAGAAUUCCGAUUCCGUGUGAUACAGUAAAGACGGACUGUGGUAUCACCGUGAUGCAGCCAGGGAGAGAUGGAUACCCUCUGUUUGUGUGCACAGCAGUUAAAGAGGUCCAACAAGGUACCUGCUGCUACAAGGACGUGAAUGGCUCAACAAACUGCACAUCCAUUUAUGGAGGGGGAGAGCCAGCACUACUCACUGGGGAGAUCCUCUACACCACACAGUCUGGUGUGAAAGAUAAGGAUGGCAUCUACAGAACGCGUCUUUAUAACGUCAAAGACCAAAUGAAGCCUCCCUCAAGCCGUUCAGAUCAACAGUAUGUGAAGAUCAUAGAAAGAAAACUCGUCAGUAAGCUGUAUGCAUUCUACACGGAGAAGAAUCAUGACAAGGACCCAGAUUCUGACAUCUUCACCCCACGUGUCUCUCAAGUCUGCAUGGCUGAUCUGGGAGGUUCAAAGGAAACCCUGCAGUUCCAGUGGACGUCUCAGCUGAGCAGCCGCCUGUCCUGUGGGGACCCCAGCAGGAAGCUGUACUACACCGAGCUGCUGGACGUGGCCGUGCUGCCGUCUGAGGAUGGAGCAGACGCCAGGGUCUACGGGCUCUUCAGAAACGGCUGGGAAAUGAGAGCUGUUUGUGUGUACGCCAUGAACGACAUUGAUGGAGUCUUCAACAACUCCUCACCAAAACCCACAAAAACUCUGUCUAGACGUCCCGGAGAGUGUGUUCAGGAGAGCAGGAAUCUCCCCUCAGACCUGCUCAUAUACAUGAGAAACGAUCCAGAGAUGGAGGAUUGGGUGGGGCCCAUCGGGCACAGCAACCCCCUACUGGUCAGUCGCUCUCAAUACAGCCACAUUCAGGUGGGCCGUGUCGAAGGGACAGAGGGUCAGGAGGGACACAACGUCCUGCUGCUGUCCACGGAGUGUGGUGCGGUUCACAAAGUCCUGGAGAACUCCUCUGACCCUUUCAUCAUUGCGGAGUAUCACCCUUUCAAACCCGGAACACACAUCCUCAGUAUGCUGCUGGACAGUUCUCAGAAGAAACUCUAUGUGAGCUCCAAUGCUGAGGUGGUUCAGAUUGACCUGAGGAACUGCAAUGUGUACGGGGACCAAUGUGCUGACUGCAUCUUAGCAAGAGACCCCUACUGCGGCUGGGACCGUAACCAAAAGAGAUGUUCAACAUAUUCAGAGGACUCUAUUCAGGAUGUUGAAGAUGGAAAUGUCCAUAAAUGCACAGACGGUCCAGUUAUUGAUCCUAGCACAGAGGGGCCUCAGCAGGGUGAUGCCGACACUAUUGACAUUUCGGAGUCCUCCAGACACUUCCUGCCCUGCCCCGUUCAUUCCCAUCAUGCCGAGUACCGCUGGAUGCAGGGCGGAGAGGAGAGGCAGUCGAUCAUGGACAGCCAGCAGGAGCAGUUAGUGCUGCUGAUAGAUGGCAUGAGGGCUGAAGAUGAGGGCCUGUACCAGUGUGAGGCCAGGGAGGGAGACUACAGGAAGACAGUGGUCCAGUAUGAGCUGAGGAUGAGCAGUGCAGUGGGGGGACUAAAGAGCUCUCCUCUGGCCUUGGCCUUGCUGCUGCUGCUGCUGCUGUUUACUCUGUUACGUUAGAGGUCUGCUGGACCUGCUCCGUGUUGGGUCCUGUUCCGUGUCCUGGUUGGGAGAGUCUAGACCCUUUAGGGAACCAAAACAGCAAUGGAGGAAGAGAUGAUUGAAGCCUCAUGACGGUCAGGGCUGGAUGUACAUGAGGGGGAAACACCAUGACUCAGUUCACAUUUCACAAACUUCUGAAAGUGUUAGAUCCUGCUUGUAUUCUUUCAUUUGUGUGAGCAUUUAUUGUAAAAAAGUUAAAAGUUUAUAUGUUUUUGUAUCGAUGUUCUCCAUUCCAGUUGAGUCUUAGUGGAAGCCUAUAAUAGAGUUGCAAUAGUUUUAGAUUUUGUACUAAUUGUCUAUCACUGUCACUUUGGCACUUUAAAGCUUCUUUGAAACAA